CACCAGCGACUACUAGACAUCAAAAGCAAUUAAGCAUUCGUGCAAAUAAGAUCACUAUCUAAAACAAUUCUAAGAGAAUACCAAAAACUUGCCACAAUGAAAUAUUUCAGUGUUUUGUGCAUUUUUGUAAUCUUCGCCUUGGCCGCUUGCUAUGCUGCCAACGCUGAGCCUAGCCAGUUGGAUGUGGCCGAUGCUUCCCUAGCCGAAAAGAAGACUGAGAAGCGUGGCAUUUAUGGCUUUGGUUAUGGCCAUGGGGGCUAUGGCCAUGGAUUCGGAGGCUAUGGUGGUUAUUAUGGCCAUGGCAUUGGCUAUCCUCAUUAUGGCGGCUAUCAUCAUGGCUUUGCUGCUCCCUAUUAUGGUGGCCAUGGAUAUUAUCAUCAUGGUCUUUAUCAUUAAAUUUGUCUAAAUUCACGGUAGUCGUUUGUAAAAAAGUUGGCUAACAAAUUUUUCUUAACAAAACUACAUCUUAAAGGACUAAACAUACUUUUUAGCAACUUAACAAGGGCCAGUUUUAAAAAUUCACACAAAACAAUGCAAUAAACAUCAUUGCCACGGUGGAACUAAAGAAGAAAAGCCAAACAAGAAAACCUUUUUGUAAAUAAAAACACACUUUUUCAUAAAAAAACAA